UGUAAAAACGCAGACGGGAACCCUCUCACGAACAAAUGGCGUCCCUCCAGUGCGAAGCAGAUGAUUUCCCACCGAGCACGGCAGCAGGGACGGCGGAGAGGUAAACACACCGCCCCCCUGUUCGCUUCCUGUGCAGCCAGAGAGCCUGGUGCUUUCCGCGGGAUCGUGUUGCUGGCUGUCGGCUGGACGUUGCGCACUCCUCGGUAAUCGAGAUUAUACCGCUGUUCCGGCGUGCAAACAAUCCUACUGUCAGGCAAAACAGAGGAGAAUCUCAGCUGCAGCUUAUUCUCUCCAUCUGUUUGUUUAUUUGUCUAAUUUCACCGAUGGUGGUUGGUGUUCGGGUUCACCCGGGCCUGAUUUCAGGCGUUGCACGCGACAGUAGCAGGUCAAAUGUUUCCACCCCGACGUCGGAGGGACAUAUAAUGAACAUGGGCAUUACCCCCUCACAAAUAUCCUCCUCCUCCUCCUCCUCCUCCUCCUCCUCUUCCUCCUCCGACGCCUGACUGGUUGGCUGUCUCUCCGCUAAUCCAAUUCAGAAGAUCAUCUUUUCCACCUUUUCCCUGAGGUUACACCAUCAAGACGGCGUUGUCUCAGAAAGCCAGCUCUGUGGCGGUGAAGAUGACCACAGCACGGUACCGUCCCACCUGGGAGCUGGCCGUGGAUCCCCUGGUCUCGUGUAAGCUGUGCCUUGGAGAGUUCCCUCUGGAGCAGAUGACCACCAUCACACAGUGCCAAUGUGUCUUCUGUACACUGUGCCUGAAGCAGUAUGUGGAACUCCUGAUCAAAGAAGGCCUUGAAACUGCAAUUAGCUGUCCAGACUCUGCCUGUCCCAAGAGAGGACACCUGCAGGAAAAUGAGAUUGAGUGCAUGGUGGCCACGGAGAUGAUGCAGAGAUACAAGAAGCUUCAGUUUGAAAGGGAGGUGCUGCUGGACCCAUGCCGGACGUGGUGCCCUUCCUCGACCUGCCAGGCUGUGUGCCAACUAAAGGAGGCAGAUUCCCCAGCGAUGCCCCAGCUGGUCCAGUGUGCUGUCUGCGCCCUGGAGUUCUGCUCGGCCUGCAAGGCCAACUGGCACCCUGGGCAGGCCUGCCAGGAGAACAACCUGCCCAUUACCUCCUUCCUACCAGGAGAAAACAGCUCUUUCUAUAAAAACGAAGAGGACGACGCACCGAUCAAGCGCUGUCCCAAAUGUAAAGUUUACAUCGAGAGGGACGAGGGCUGUGCACAGAUGAUGUGCAAGAACUGCAAACAUGCCUUCUGCUGGUACUGUCUGGAGUCUCUGGAUGACGACUUUCUCCUGAUCCACUACGACAAAGGGCCCUGUCGAAACAAACUGGGCCACUCCAGGGCAUCUGUUAUCUGGCACAGAACACAGGUUGUCGGGAUCUUUGCUGGCUUCGGCCUGCUCCUGCUGGUUGCCUCCCCCUUCCUCCUCCUGGCCACUCCCAUCGUCCUCUGCUGCAAGUGCAAGUGCAGCAAAGGCGACGACGACCCGUUGCCAACCUAAAACACGCUGUCAAAGCCGGAGCGGAGAUCCGCUUCAAGGAUGGGUCAUCUUUUUUUUCCCCUUAUCACCCCUUUACGUUCUUUUCCUCCUACCAGCUUUGAGCGCUUCAUUUUUUUCGGGCUGAGCCUGCAGCAGCCCGGGGCCGCUUCUGGAUCCAUCGCUCUGCAUGAGAGAGGCGUGGAGGUCAAGUGACCACUCAACUGGGCCUGAAGAAGAGGUCCAAGGUCAAGGAAGGUCGAUCUUUACAAAGGACUACCGUGUCCUUGUGUGUGACGUUGGUGGUUUGGGGACGUGGAGAUAGUCGGGGCAACUUCGAGUGGACCUUGAUGGGGGUUACUGUUGUGUGGGGUAUUUUGACAAACUCAUUUAAGGCAAAGAAAAAAAUCAAAGUUCAGACAUGCUUUUUCUUGUAUGGACAAUAUCAUGCAAGAACCUUUUACUUUAUUGCUCUAUUUUGUCAGUUUGUCGUACGCAACAAAAGCUUUUUUCCCCUUCACCACGCUCAAUGUAGCUCUACAGCUUCAGUCCGUAGCAUUAGAGUCACACCACGCAUGUUUGGUGUUCACUCGAUUUGCACACAGAGCGUGAUUCCUGCGCCAUGCUCACGACUGAGGUCGAGAUGAGAGGCUGUCGUCACUCUCAGCUCACUGUACAGCACGUCCUCUUGAUGAUGUCAAUGUUUUAUAACCUGUUGCUUUUAAUAGAACCGUGCUCAGAGUAGUGUCUAUGUGUUGUACUUUUCAAUGUUUUCCAAACUGUAAGGUACACUUGUUAAAGGGGAUUGCCACUCAUGGCAAACAAAAAAAAAACACAAAAAAAAACACAUACAGCUUGAGUUUUAUAACCAAAUGUUUUUUUAAUUUUAAAAUACUUUUGCCAUCAAAUUCAUAUCUUUUACACGCAUUGUAAGCAUCUUUUAAAGAGAAGGACUUUUUGUUUGUACAUUGUUUUUUAAGAUAAUAAAUUGUCCUCAUUUGAGUGGCGUUCCCCUUUAAAUUCAGCAUCAAUGUGAGAGUCUAUCAGAGGACUUUAUAUCCACAGUAUGUGGAAACAUUUUAAUACUUCAUAAAAAGAGAUGUCACUCCCUUUACUCUCAGUCCCCCCUGGUGGUGGUUCAGCCAAAUAGAAAUAAAUAGCCUUAAAUUGAUAACAGCCAAAAUCUGGCAUUUCCCCCCCUGUGCAUUAAAUUUAAAAAAAAGAAGGAAAUCCAAAUAAUCCCAGGGAAAGCAACUGCAUUUAAAGCAUUGCAGACAGUCAGUGAAGCCCUUUAUAUUCAGAUGAUUCUAUGAUGUCGUCCAUAUGCCACACUGUUAAUAGCCAUACUGUAAAAAACUUCUGUUCUAAGAUGAUGUUUGGUGUGAUUUAGGGCCUCGAUUCCAACGACCUGUUUCAACAGAAAAGCUAAAUCCACCCAGCAGUUCAAAGACUAUACCUUAUCUCUUCUUGGCGUAACAAAUACUUCUGGCCCAAAUUGCAAACUUGCAUAUGUUAGUGGUCUGAGUGUUGAUGUUUUGUUCUGUUGGUAGUUACACUUCCAACAACAAGCAGCUAUGUCCUCGCAGGGAUGCUAGAAAAAAAAAAAAAAGUCAAAUGUAAAAGAAUUUUCCAUUUUUGGGCGCGUAUUGAUGAAGCUGCUCUAUACUAAAUCACUUUAUCUAUGCAAGUUUGUACAUUAUAACCAUUGUUAAGAGGCUGUGGAUUGGUCAGAGUGGACGGUGUGAUGGGAAGGUUCAUACAGUGAGAAUGGCAGAAUGUCUUCAUACAUGUGCUUAUCAUGGCGUUCAUUCAGGGAAUCAUUCACUGGCUGUUUUAGUUCAGCAUCUGUCUUGCUGUUAACUACAAAACUUUUAGCUUCAUUUUAAAUUUGUGCUCAAGAAAACUGGGACGGAAUUUGGCAAUUUUUUAUUUGGAAGUGUUUCUUUUUAUCGGGUUUAACUUCACAGUCUAUGUUGGUACAGUCAGACAAGAAGGUGAAAGUGUUCAGUCCUACGUUAUGUUAAAUGCUUAAAUAAAAAAAAAGAAAAUGCAUAGCCAUUCUACCUUUUUGAAAAAGCCAUUUGUUCCUACUUACUUCCCCUCCCCUCCUGGUGUGAGUUACCAGUGUUUAUGUAGCAUUUCAUGAUGUUUUGGCUACAGUAACCAAAAAAAAAAAAAACAGGUGGGCAUCAGUUAGCAACAGUAGCUAAUCAAAGCUAAAGAGCAGUUGAUCAACCCCUCAGCUCGCCCCUCUCCUAGUAAAUUCAGCCCUGAUACUCACUUUUAUAAGACUAUUAGUAGCCUAAACUUCAGAAUCAAUUCAACCUGUAGCCUGUGUUGCUUUCACUGGCCUCAUCUACUGUAUGAGCAUGAUUCAUUAAUAUCAAAAACAGUCCAAUUUCUACCUUUGGAAGUUUGGUGCUUUCCCCUCUAAAACGUUUCAAUUCCACAAGCUUUUGUUGUUUUUAAGACAAUCGUGCCAAGCAGCUUUCCUGGAAGGGACAAAGGAAACGGAGCAUUCUACUGUAUGUGCAUUUUGACCAUGUAUUUGUAACAUAUUAAGAGUUUUUACAGGGUGGAAACUAUUUUAUCGCUUCUUAUGUAAAAGCUGCACUACGUAUGGGGUUUCAUUGUUUUUCUUUUCUUUCUUUAUAUGAUCUGUGAUGUGUGUGUGUGUGUGUGUGUGUGCGUGUGUGUGUGCGUGCGUGCGUGUGAUAAACUGGGGAGUUUACCAGCUGAAAUCAACAUCAACUCAUCAGAACAGUUAGAUACAUAUGAAAGAGUGCAACUGAGUCAGGGCUCUGAUAUCAAAGAAUGAUUUGAAAAUAGUGCAAAAUAUUCAUUGAAACAUAAAAUAUCAUUUGAGGUCUUUAAGGGGCACAAAGUAACUGCAGAACAGCAUCAUGGCAAAUCAACUUUUUUUUUUUAACACAUUCUUCUUUGUGUAUGCUCGCACCACUGAACAGGUCGAUUCUGUAAUAUGCAACAAACAUAAAAGGGCCAAACAGCAGACAUUACAAUCACUGCAGUGCUGUGUUGCACAUAUGAUUUUUUUUACAAAAGGGCCAGACGGGGCUUUUCAGGGCUCCAUGAUGCAGCCUGGACGAGCACAGGGAUCGGAGGACAAUUUGAACCGCUUUUGAUUUGGCGCUUUGACAUGAAGCAAGGUAACACUGAUAUUACAAAAGGCUGAAGAUCUACUUCGCAGCUAUCUUAAGAUCAGGAUUGGUUAUAGGCAGCAAUCUAUAUUUUAUAAUCUGUUGUGUCAAGAGAUGAAGCUGCAUGAAUUUUCUCUGACUUCUACAUGUUAAAUAUUACAAUAUUGUAGCCUCUAAAAGAUCUUUGGAAUGGUAGCGUUGUCACUCUAUCACCCAACUGUCAGGUUUUUAUUUUGGAGUUUGAUUAUUCCCCCUCCCACACUGUUUCUUUAACAAACUAUGUCGUCAUGUUCAGCCAUAUGAUAUAAACCAUUUGUCAGCCUUCCUCUUUUUUUUCAACAGGUUGGCUUCAUGUGUGUGACUUUUUUGUUUUUUUCAUACAUUGUAACAUCUAGUUUUGUUGUAUUUGCAUUAUCUGUUUUAAAUGGAACUUUUCAGGCCUGACGGUCAAAUCAGUUCCACCUCAGUAAAGUGGGUUUUAGUCAGAGGAAACGCUGUCUGUACACAAGACUUCUGUCUGUUACGACGGUCAACAGUGUCACCAUGUAGGCAGUUACUGAGGGGUUCAUUUGACCCGGGUGAUUUAAAGAUAUCUGCAUUGUAAAAUGGCAUAUUUGGAUCAAUUCUGUACAACUUAGAAAUCAGCAUCUCAGUACACCUACAGUUCCACUAACACUGUGACACCAGGUAUUAAAGGUUGUUGUUUUUUGUGA